UGUUCUCUCCAGAAAUUGUCCGCCCAUUGCAGCUAAUCAAACACACGCACCAACACAGACCCACUCCCUUGUUAUUACCCCCAGGCACCUGGGCUCACAGCCGGCUCCAGAGAGAGAGAGCGCGCGCGCGCGCGCACACACACACACACACACACACACACACACACACAGCCUGCGGAUUGGCCAGAGCUUGGAAGUCGCAGGUUCCCUAGGAAAUCGCCAGAGGCACUGGGAUAAGCGUUCCUAGUCCUACACUAAUUACAACUUCUCUGCACUUUGGUGAAGCAAUGAAUCCCGCCCAGCUCGGUGCCACCUCCUCCGGGUCUCGGUUCUAUUUCGUUCUCCAGGCUCCUCUGCAUGAAAGCCAGAUCAAGGGAGAAAGCAAGCCAGCGGCUGGCUUCGGACUCUAAGCUGUUCGCAGCUCGCGCGCGGAGUGGGUCGACCCCGAACCCGCUCAGGACUCCUUGCUCCUCCAGCCUCCACCAAACCACAGCCAGGGGUGGAACCAGAGCUAACACGGCGGCAGGUUUAAAUGCUUGUUUGGCUACUUGUCUACUGAAUACAAAAUGAAUAAUUCAACAAACUCCUCCAAUAAUAGCCUGGCUAUUACCAGUCCUUAUAAGACAUUUGAAGUGGUGUUUAUUGUCCUUGUGGCUGGAUCCCUCAGUUUGGUGACUAUUAUUGGGAACAUCCUGGUCAUGGUUUCCAUUAAAGUCAACCGCCACCUGCAGACCGUCAACAAUUACUUUUUGUUCAGCUUGGCCUGUGCUGACCUCAUCAUAGGUGUUUUCUCCAUGAACUUGUACACCCUCUACACUGUGAUUGGCUUCUGGCCUCUGGGACCUGUGGUGUGUGACCUCUGGUUAGCUUUGGACUAUGUGGUCAGCAAUGCCUCAGUCAUGAACCUGCUCAUCAUCAGCUUUGACAGAUACUUUUGUGUCACGAAACCUUUAACCUACCCAGUUAAGCGGACCACAAAAAUGGCAGGAAUGAUGAUUGCAGCUGCCUGGGUCCUCUCUUUCAUCCUCUGGGCUCCAGCCAUCCUCUUCUGGCAGUUCAUUGUAGGGGUGAGAACUGUGGAGGAUGGGGAAUGCUACAUUCAAUUUUUUUCCAAUGCUGCUGUCACCUUUGGCACUGCCAUUGCAGCCUUCUACUUGCCAGUAAUCAUCAUGACUGUGCUGUAUUGGCAUAUAUCUCGAGCCAGCAAGAGCAGGAUAAAGAAGGAGAAAAAAGAGCCCGUGGCCAACCAAGAUCCUGUGUCUCCAAGUCUGGUGCAAGGAAGAAUAGUGAAGCCAAACAACAACAACAUGCCCGGCAGUGACAGUGCCCUAGAGCACAACAAAAUCCAGAAUGGCAAGACCCCCAGAGGUGUUGUGACAGAAAACUGUGUCCAGGGGGAGGAGAAAGAGAGCUCCAAUGACUCCACCUCAGUCAGUGCCGUUGCCUCUAAUAUGAGAGAUGAUGAAAUAACCCAGGAUGAGAACACAAUAUCCACUUCCCUGGGCCAGACUAAAGAUGAGAACUCUAAGCAAACAUGCAUCAAAAUUGUCACCAAGACUCAAAAAGGUGACUCAGGCACCCCGAGUCACACCACUGUGGAGUUAGUUGGGUCUUCGGGUCAGAAUGGAGAUGAAAAACAGAAUAUUGUGGCCCGCAAGAUUGUGAAGAUGACUAAGCAACCUGCAAAAAAGAAGCCUCCUCCUUCCCGAGAAAAGAAAGUGACCAGGACAAUCUUGGCUAUUCUGCUGGCUUUCAUCAUCACCUGGGCCCCAUACAAUGUCAUGGUGCUCAUUAACACCUUCUGUGCAUCCUGCGUUCCUAACACAGUAUGGACCAUUGGUUACUGGCUCUGUUAUAUCAACAGCACUAUCAACCCUGCCUGCUAUGCACUUUGCAAUGCCACCUUCAAGAAGACCUUUAAACACCUCCUUAUGUGUCAUUACAAGAACAUAGGGGCUACAAGAUAAAACAAUCUCCAAAAAACCAAAGGUGGUCAAGGGAGCUUGAGAAGAAUAACAAAGGUGAAAGAGCUCCCAGGUUUAAUAUCUCUGCUGUUGCACUUUAUAGUCUCAUUAUGAAAUGUGCAAUUAAGGAGCUCAACUGUGACACUCCACUCAUGCCCGUGAGUUAGUCUGAAAAAUCUUGUUCCUUACAAACCCAGUCAGCUAGUAGCAAUGGGACAAUGAGACAUGUUGGCAUUGCUGAUUUAAGGAGCAAUCUACACUGUCUCCUACUUUCUUGAGAAGGGCUUCUGAACCUGCACUGUUACCAGUUUCUGCACAAGAAGAUUAAUGUGUAUCCCUUUUUGUUUCUCUUUGUUGUUGUUCUCAUGGGUUCAUAUGAGGAUGAAAUGCCACAGUUGCAGGCUGACCUGGAGACUUGGACAUAAAGAAGUGGACACUACACAGGGAAAUGUGAGGAAAGCAGUCAAAAGGGUAUAGACGUGGUGUCCAGGGUGUCCAGCGUCCUCUGUCCUUGUGUGAUAUGAUUAGCAGGAUUGUAAUGUAAUUGAUGCUUAUAUUUUCACCUUUUUCUUUUCCUCUCAUAUAAAGUAAGCAAACAAAUGCAGGCUUCGAGUACAGCACACUAUUUUUUUCUUGGUACAGCAUUAGCUUUGGUAUCUCCUUGCUCUACGUUGUGUGUCAGUAAAAUCUGCAGAAUUUUCAAUAAAUCCAGCUAGAGCCAGUUACAUGAAUGGUCACUUCAGCCAUUUCCACUGUGUCCUUUGUAUUCAUGGUGGUUAAAAAUGCUUAUGAGUAUUUAGUUCACUUAUGAUCUUUUAUGUAGAAUUUUUUCACCAAUGUGUUCUUUUUCUCAACUAGCCUUUGUUUUAACAGAAUAGUUGACUUAAGACAUAAAUGUUCUUGGGAAACAAAAGCAUUCCAAAAUUAAUUUCAUCACUAAAAAUGUUCAAUCUAGUUGGACAAAGUUCAUUGGGGCCAAAUGGAUUUGGAGAUGAGAAAAUAGGACAAUGGAAAGGGAAUUGGGCUUGACCUGGCACCUCCCUGACCUGUGUAUGAAAUGUCAACUUGUAUAACAUGAACUCCUGACCUCGCCAGCCAAAAGAAGAUGCUGAUUUAUCCACUUUGAAUCCUAAACAAGAUUAGUUGACUGGGGCAGUCUCAAGGGACUAAGACCUUCUAAGCCUACUAAUGGAUGAUAUUUCAAUUAUGAUCAAGGAUGACUACACAUUUUAUAUGUCAUAGCUAAAGGGAAAAAUGUAAGUUACAAGUAUUCAGUGAAAAUGUAUAUUCCAUGUUCCUCAAAUUGUCAGUUCUCUUUAAGAACAUUUACCUUCAAAAUUCUUCAAUCUGUAGAAUUUUAAUAAUCUUUCUGAUAGAAACAUAAUGGCUACGGCAGCCAAACAAGCUCAUAGACUAUGAUAGAAACAUAUAGGUGGCCCUUCACGCAUUCUUUCUCACCAUCUAAUUCUAGGCCAUGAAAAAGUCAUGUCAGAAAUUGUUGUUUAAGUGGAAGUAUUAUAUAAUAUAUUGCCCAUGUUGGGAUUUUUUAUUUGAUACUUGAAAUAAAUACAGGCUUUAAUUGAUUCCCAUUUAUCUGUUUAUUUUAUUGCAUAUUUUUUCACUUCAUACACUUUGGUCUUCCAGUAAUACUACCCAAAGAUGAUCCAACUGGUACAAAUUAAAUUUGUAAAUGCCUUUUUGCAUUUCAUGCUCUGCUUUAUGAUAUCAUGCCCAGUAACACCUAUAUGAGCUACAGGAUGAAUACAUCAGUAUUAAGCCUCAGAACUUCUUAGCACUAUUUUAUAUGCCUUUCUUAAUUACUGGCAUCUCAAUAAUUUGGAGAUCUUUUUUAAAACUAAGCACAAGAGAAAUAAAAACAAAAAGUUGUAACAAAGAAGCCAACUACCAACAAAAAAAUCUUGUUGGAAUAAUUUUAGUCAUCUCUCUCCAAAUUUUCUAUAUAUAUACUUAUAGCAUCAGUUCACUGAAUCCCUUUAACCCACAAUUAUAUCAAUGCAUACUUUGACUUCUUUUGGUUUUCUUGAGACAGGAUCUCAAUCUGUAGUCUAUGCUGGCCCCAGACUUACUAUGUAUCCUAGCCUAGCCUCAAACUCACGGAAUGUUCCUGCCCCAGCCUCCUGAGUGCUAAGAUUAUAAGUGUGUGCCACCAUGCCUGGUUCCUUUUACAUUUUAAAUCCUCCAUGUACAUUUGUUUUUAUUUGUUCAGAUCAAUCAAUGAAUUGAGCAGAAAAAAACAUCAAGCCAAUGAGCUUCUUGAUUUUCAUGAAAUGAACAAAAAAUGGCCUACCUUUCACUUUUUAGACUUGUUACAUUAUUUUAUAUAGCUUUAACUUCAGUUGGGAUCAAUCUUCUGAAGCUCAAGAUUCAGGUUUUGUUUGCUGUGUCAGCCAACUCAUCCUGAGCCCAACUGUCUUACUCUUAAUGCCACUGUAUCUGUCCCUUUCUUCUGUUUGUUUUUGGUACAUGCCCACACUAUAACUUAAUUGAAAGAGAAACUAUUAUGUUAAAGAAAAUAGUUAAAGACAGACGAUACAUGGAAACCUUCCCAAUCAGAACCAGAAAAUGAGAAGGGCGAUUGAAGAUGAUCGGAGCAACACAGGAUCUGGCCAAUGAUAUUCACUAUUGUUGCUUUUGCUUAUUCAGUCACUCUCAGGGCCAAUGUUCCUCCCAGGAGACACCUACCAAUGUAAAUAGACAUUUUUGGUUGGUGUCCAGUGUAUAGGAGCCAGAAUUUCUGCUAUGGCUUCUAAGCAAACUACUGUAUCCUAUAAUGGGAUAGAGUCCACGCCCUUUCCAAGCAGCCUCCAAGUAUCCAUAGUGUCAAGGCUGAGAAACUCUUUUUUUUUUUCAGAAAUUUGUAAUGUUUUACUUCCAUAUGUGGGAAAAUAAUCUGAGUCCAACUUUAAAAGAUUAAUGUAAAUUGCUCACCUGUUGAGAAAAAAAGUAGGACUCACCAAUCAUUUGUCAGAAACUCUACUCCACUGACACUGGUAUAAAUUAUAAUUCAGUGACUGGGAGCACAGCCCUCAUCUGUGUAUUCAGAAUCACCAGGACCUUCACAUUCUUUCCAACCUCUUAGUGUCUGAUCAUAAUCAUCACAGAGUAUAACUGAGAUCUCAGCAGUUCAUUCCAAAUGGUUGCAGUUGAUAUGGUGACUCUCAACUGGAGCUAUCAUUUUUCCUUUCCAGCUUAAUGAAACACCUCUUUUAAAACAAUAUUAUUCAUCUCUUUGUUUUCUCUUGAAACAUCACUAUCUGUCCAUUAUUUAUUUCUUCUCUUCUCACAGCAAUAAUGUAGAUAUACCAGAGUGGACUUAUAAGAAGAGUUUAAGAAUGCAAAGAGAGUCUGUUCAUUUCUUAACAAAAGAAACAAGUGGCCCUUUACCAGUCUACCAUUCGUUUAAGACCAAAUCUCAACUAGUAGGUCAAAGUCACCAACGGAUCACCAGGGAUAUCUCUGGCUUGACUUUUGUGAGCUAGAGGUCUCACAUACUCCUGAUUUUGUCCACUCAUUGCUUUCCAAUUCUGAACUGAUGACACCAGGAGAGAUGGCAGUUCAAAUUGAUGGCAACAGUUACUUAACAAUGGAGUCUACUUUUUAUUUUUCCCUACUUAGUUCAUGGAUAGACCUCCUUGCCACUAGUUUGAUAAUAUUCUUUUUAACAACCAUAGCACUGGUAUUCAAAUAGAUUAGGAAAGCACCCAUGGCUGGAUGGACUUGCACAAAGUAUAUUUUCAGCAUGUAUAUACAGUACUAUGACUCUUCAAUAUGCUUCUGUUAAAGGGGUGCACACUGUAGCAUGAACCGUGUGCAUAUUUAAUGUACCUUCCUGGAAUAUGCUGUAUGCUUAAUAUAUAUAUUCUAUAAAUAUAAUAAUAAAAUGUACAAUAGAAAUACAUAUUUCUGUAUGCAAAUAAAUAUAUUAUACACAAAAUCUUAAAAUGCAAUGUGGUGUAUGUUGCUUCACCAGUAGAAGUAGAUUUCAUGUGCACCAGUUUCCAAGAAAGUAGUAUUUGCAUUUGAAGGAAGAGAUUUCAGAAAAACCAAAAUCCUCUAUUAAGCUCCUUCAUAAUCUUAGAGAGCCUAACAGUGAACUUAAAUAUCUCUUGGAGAAUAAAUGAAUAAAUUGUGCUGGCAUCACCUCCA